GUUCUUAUCCGCACCAGUGUCGUAGUUUUCUUUCUCGCAGACAAAAACGCCACCCACGCUCUUCCAUUAUGGAAGGUGCAUCAGUAUCUAGGAUUUCCAUUACUCAAAGAUUUAUCUUCCUCUGCAACACCCACCUAUAAUACCAUCAACCCAAUCGCAAAAAGACUCCACCUUCAACUUCAAAACCCUUAAAAACAAUAAAAUAACUAAAUAAAAGCUCUUCUUUUCUUUAUUUUUUUCAAUUUUUUAUUCUAUUAUUUUCUUCGUUUCGGACAAUGCUAUCAAGAUCUUGCUUGGGGCUAUUGAAUUUGGUAUCAGUGGAUGACUACCAGGCCCUGAGUCGCGUUCCGCGGGUUAUGACUGUCGCCGGAGACGUGCCGGAGUUGGAGAUCGACGACAUGGAGAAUUCUGGAUCGGACGGCAUCCUUUCUCCGGUGUCGCGCGAACGGAGGAUUGUGGUGGCCAACCAGUUACCGAUACGCGCCAUUCGCGAGGGGAAGAAAUGGAGGUUCGAGUGGGACAGGGAUAGCCUCGUGCUUCAGCUGAAGGAUGGGUUCCCUUCGGAGGUUGAAGUAUUGUACGUUGGUUCAUUGAAAGCAGAGAUCGAAGCGACGGAACAAGAAGAAGUGUCUCAGUUACUUCUAGAGAGGUUCAGUUGCGUUCCAACGUUUUUGCCCACCGAGGUUCACAACAACUUCUACCAUGGUUUCUGCAAGCAUUAUCUCUGGCCUCUGUUUCACUACAUGUUGCCCAUGUCGCCGAGCCAAGGCGCGCGUUUCGACCGAGCGCAGUGGCAGGCCUACGUGCUCGCCAACAAGAUCUUCGCCGACAAGGUCACCGAGGUUAUCAACCCCGACGAGGAUUAUGUCUGGGUCCACGAUUACCACCUCAUGAUCUUGCCCACUUUCUUGAGGAAACGCUUUCACCGCGUGAAGCUCGGGUUCUUCUUGCACAACACAUUCCCGUCGUCGGAAAUAUACCGUACGUUGCCCAUUCGAGAGGACAUUCUACGGGCGUUCUUGAACUGCGAUUUGAUUGGGUUUCACACCUUCGAUUACGCGCGGCAUUUUUUGUCUUGUUGUAGCAGGAUGUUGGGUUUGGAUUACGAGUCCAAAAGGGGUUACAUUGGUUUGGAUUAUUACGGUAGAACCGUGACCAUUAAGAUCCUCCCCGCGGGUAUUCACAUGGGGUUGUUGGAAUCGGUGUUGUCGUUGCCUCAAACCGCUUCGAGGGUGAAGGAGUUGAGGGAGCAGUUUGAGGGGAAGGUUGUGAUCUUGGGGAUUGAUGACAUGGACUUGUUCAAAGGUAUCAGCUUGAAGUUCUUGGCGUUGGGGCAGCUUCUGGAAGUGCACGAAUGUUUAAGGGGUCGUGUGGUGUUGGUUCAGAUUCUUAACGCAGCGAGGAGUAGAGGGAAGGAUAUUCAGGAUGUGAAGAACGAGAGCGAGGCUAUUGCUAAGGAGAUCAAUGAAAAAUACGGAAAACCUGGGUACCAGCCAAUUGUUUGCAUCAAUGGCCCCAUUUCAACGCAGGAGAAGGCUGCGUAUUGUGCUAUUUCUGAGUGCUGUGUUGUGAAUGCUGUAAGGGAUGGGAUGAAUUUGGUGCCUUAUGAGUACACUGUUUGUAGACAGGGAAGUGCUGCGUUGGACAAGGCACUUGGUAUUGAUGGCGAGGAGGGUUUGAGGGCUAAGAAUAGCGUUAUUAUUGUCUCCGAGUUCAUUGGGUGUUCCCCCUCGCUGAGUGGAGCCAUAAGGGUGAAUCCGUGGAACAUUGAUGAAGUCUCUGAGGCCAUGAAUUUGGCUAUUGGAAUGCCAGAGGCAGAGAAGCAUUUGCGGCAUGAGAAGCAUUAUAAGUAUAUAAGCUCUCAUGAUGUGGCGUAUUGGGCAAAGAGUUUUGAUCAGGAUUUGGAGAGAGCUUGUAAAGAGCAUUACUUGAAGAGGUAUUGGGGUGUUGGCUUGGGCUUGGGGUUCAGAAUUGUUGCUUUGGAUCCUACCUUUAGGAAGCUUUCCGUUGAUCACAUUGUCUCUGCCUAUAGGGAUACGGGCAAUCGCUUGAUCCUUUUGGACUAUGAUGGCACAAUGAUGCCCCAGGCAUCCAUUAACAAGACUCCAAGCAGUGAGGUUAUUUCUGUCUUGAAUGAUUUGUGCAGUGAUCCCAAAAAUACAGUGUUCAUUGUGAGCGGCAGGGAUAAGGAUUGCUUGAGCAAGUGGUUUUCUCCCUGUGAGAAGCUUGGUCUCUCUGCUGAGCACGGUUACUUCACUAGGUGGAGUAAGGAUUCUUCUUGGGAGACUUGCGGAUUGACAACCGAUUUUGAAUGGAAAAUGAUUGCAGAACCCGUGAUGGCGCUUUAUACUGAAGCAACGGAUGGUUCCUUCAUAGAACAUAAGGAAAGCGCACUGGUUUGGCACCAUCAGGAAGCGGAUCCUUAUUUUGGAUCAUGCCAAGCAAAAGAGCUUCUUGAUCACCUGGAGAGUGUGCUGGCCAAUGAGCCAGUAGUGGUUAGAAGGGGACAGCAUAUAGUUGAAGUUAAACCUCAGGGUGUGAGCAAGGGUAAAGUGGUGGAAGACCUUAUCUCAAGAAUGCAAAGGGAGGGGAAGUCACCAGAUUUUCUACUGUGCUUAGGAGAUGAUCGCUCGGAUGAAGAUAUGUUUGAAAGCAUUGCUCGUUCAGUUUCUAAUCCAGCUCUGCCAACCAUUUCAAAUGUGUUUGCAUGCACUGUUGGCCAGAAACCAAGUAUGGCUAAAUACUAUUUGGAUGAUACUAGCGAAGUCAUCAAGUUGCUUGAAGGACUUUCAACCGCAUCAGCACCACCUGCAUCCAUAACUUCCCAGGAACUGCAAGGAACGUUAUAGAAACUGAUACAGAAAACAAUCUUGUACAGAAUGAUACUUUCAUAGAGGGUCGGCAGAAACUUCAAAUGCAGUUCCCAACUACUUGCUUAAACUUCUCCUAGUGAAAGAACAAUUUUCUUUGGCUAGCUUCGUCAUUAACUAAUUGUAGUAGCGUUGUUGAUCCCACCUAAAAGCAGUUUUUAGAUUGACUUGGAAGCUCAGAAAUCAGUUUACAUGGUCCAUGAAAUUAUCUUGGAUCCUAAUGAUCCAAUAACAUUUGUCCAGGUAAACUAGCAUUUGGUUCCACGGAGACAAGGACUCAAGGUAGCAUAUUCAAUUUAUGUGGCAGGGUAUCAUGAGAGUGAUCAAUCAUAUAAAAGUUUAUAUCUUAAGCAGCUAAUGUUAUGUUGACACCUGGCACGCAACCAGCUGGAGUGAUCUUAUCCUUGUGAACCAUACUCACUCGAGCAUCACUUGUUUCUUCACAGGGAGCUAAGUCUAUAUUGAUAGACAAUGAAAACAAGCUUCCUUAAACAAGUAGAUAAAGUUAUCUUAGAUUUUAAAAAAUACAACCCCGGAUUGUUCCUUAGGAUAUCCCAAUUCAGUACAAAAAUGAGGUCAAGUUCACUGAAACGUGUGCGGCAAUUUUUCUUCUUUUUUCCUUUCCUGAGUGUACUACUUCUGCUUCUUUUCUGUUUCAUUAAUUUGGAAUAUGAUCAAUCAAGCUAGUUGUGUAGGUGUAGUCCAUAUCCACGCUACAUAUGGCAAAAGUGUAUAUGGCCAACGUGCCUAGAGUAAGGACUGGUUCACACUUUGACAAGUGUUGCAAGAUGGGUUCAAUUUUUCCAACAUAUCCAGAAGCUCCACCCUCAUUUGGUCCUUGAUUUAUCACGCAUCAUUAAAUCUGAGCUAAGAUUAUAUACUUGAAUUUAGUUAAAGCAUGGCAUGUUGAAGUGUAGCUAGCUUAUGGUAGGUUAAACUAAUUAAAUGAGUUUGACUCAGGUUUUGGUUUCUUUUGUCUACUCAAACUCUAUUAAUCCCAUUAAAUUCGAAUUGAUUUGGAUUAAAUAAUUAGGUCAUAUGUAUGUUUAAUUGUUUUGAAAAAUAUUCAUUAAAU